AUGGGUGGCCAACCCAGCAAAGUACCUGGUGGCGCCUUUAUGGCGAUACGGGAGAGGAACCCGGACGGCUUUUGUUUCGAUGUGAACCAACCCAUGACGUUCAAGGACAUCUACUACAAAAACAAGAACCGGGACCCUGGUGAAAGAGAGUUCCUGGUGGACGAUCAACAGAUUGAUCGAGAGAAGCUGGGAGAAACUUUGCCCUACCUGGGGCAGAAACUGGAGUGGGAUCCUGACGCCAAGGAGUACAAGCCAUUGAAGGGCAUGCAGUGGGGAACAAUUGUGAAAGGCUAUGAAGUUGGCAACUAUGUCUAUGACAGCAUUGCAAUGAUCUCUGCCAGGGUCCAGCCUUUGUCCAAGGUAGAGGAGACAACUGAAGUGAUGAAAGUGGUUUCCCCUGAAACGCCAGAAAUCCAUCCUUGUGUGGGAGGACUGGAAAAGGGUGGUGUCUUCGAAAUCGCCAGGCCCAUGUUUUAG